CGGUGGAACACGUUGAGUCCGAGCUGGCUGACUAUUAGGCGGUGAUCGUCGCGCGCUCACAAGCGGCCCAGGCGGAGACCGUCGUCUCGAGGUGAGACCGUCAGUUGGCUGCCCGACGAUCAGUCUUCAUUGCACUCUUCCUGUGGAAGAUGGGCUUGAGGCCCUAGCGAACGGGAGGGGCAACCGCAUCACUCUACACCCACCCACGGCUUCAUUCUGCCUCACUUGGGUUUCUCGGAGGUUUGCACAAACGAAGAUUCCUCUACGAUGGCGCCAGUGCCCAAUCUUCUGUACUCCGGGCAUUGCGCGUUGCGAGCUGGCGCUCGCACUAUCUCCUGGCUAGGCUCUUUGAGAGCCUCUCUCGCGAUGGCGUGUUCAACUGAAUGCCAGCUACGAGCAGUAGCUUAUCCUGCAAAUGGAUUGACUUGAUUCAAGCCUUGCAUGCGAAGCUCGGCGAUCCGGAAGAGCUUACGACGCUUUGCGGCUACAUUUACUGCAGCCCCACAAUCUUUAACCGACACCAAGCAGCGUUCGGGCAUCAUCAAAGUGGUCGUUGCACCAUUAAAAUGCCAGUGUCUCGACAACCACGACCAAGCAACAAGAUCAACUCCGCAAAGCCCGAAGAGCUCUUCGCCACGUAUGUGCUGCCCUGUGAUUGGCACCUCGCAGGUCGAAGUUGAAGUGGUAUUUCCACCAAUGGGACACCGCCGACACGCCCCUAAGGAUUUCGGGAGGCAUCCCGACGUGUUCAUUCUUCAUUUUACCUUCCUGCAACUACACCUCGCAGUUUCCCCUCUCUAAACACCAUGAGCAAGCUCGACCGC